UUGAUAUAUUUACUCCUUUUUAUCAAUAUCUUGUGUGAAAGGUUACUAGCUACAUGUAACUUUGUAUUAUUAAUUGUAUAGUAAUAGUUUGUGAUGUGUGAUGAGUGCCUUAGUUCAAUAAAUGAACACUCUGGAUGUGCUACUGUAUGAAUGAGUGCCCAUUUGUGCCCAUUAACGUGUGUUUAUAUUUUGGUGAACAUCGGAUCGACAUUCGUUCAGCGCGCUGCAGAUGUUUAGAAUCCAUCAAUAUGGCACAAGAAAAUGUAGUACGUAGACACAAAGGCAAUCAAUCUCAAAAUGGAGAUGUGAAGCGUGAAGCAAAACCCCUCGAACCAGAAUUCAUCCCCAGAGAAUCGCCGCUAACUGUCCUCAUACAAAAUUCGCUGCACAUUAGGGCCAUUUACCAUAUAUUCGUGGCUAUUUUAAUAAUUUUGCUACUUGAUACCGCGAUAUACGACCUCGUCGAAAGCGGAAAAUUGAACAUUGGAAUAAAGUCAAUAGUAUAUGGAUUUGGAAACAUCAGUCGAGGUCUAAAACUAUGGCUGUUCGAUCUUACGGUCACCUUCGCAUUCUACCCUGGAAUGUUGUUAUAUGCUGCUGGAGCCAAACUAUUAAAAAAAGUACCAGUUGUUCGUAAAGCGUGGACAAUGCUAGGCAUACUUGGUGUCGCUGCAUUGGAAUUUAUUCUUGUUGCCAUCCCAGUGAAAGACUUGUUCAAAGAGCAUCUUGCAUUGGGAUCGUCUGUUGCCGUCACUUGUGAAAUGUUUAGACUUGCGAUGAAAAUCUACGCCAUGGCGGUUGUAUGCGCUCCCCGAUGCCACAACAGAAGUAUUCCAUUGCCAUCGUUCAAGCAAUAUAUUUAUUUCCUCUUCGCCCCUACACUUCUGUACAGGGACCAAUAUCCGAGGACAAAGAAGACAAGAUGGCGCGUAGUGAUGUUCUAUUUCAUGGAAGUGGCUGCUGUUAUAUUUUAUAAUUGCUUUUUGUGGGAGCGUUUUAUUCUGCCCAAUUGGUCGGAUUACGGAAAAAAACCAACGGUGGAAGCCGGGGUACUGGUACGAAGCAUGUUCUCUUGCGUUCUUCCCGGCGUUAUCUCCUUUCUCUGCGGCUUCUACGUGCUACUUCAUGCGUGGUUGAAUGCGUUUGCAGAAAUUCUCAGAUUCGCCGACAGAUUAUUUUAUGAGGAAUGGUGGACAACAUCCCAAUUCUCGCGGUACUAUCGAGCAUGGAAUAGAGUGGUAUACGCUUGGCUGAGAGACCACAUCUAUCGGCCGUUGUCGCCGCGCGCUGGACGCGCUCUCUCUACAUUGGCUGUAUUCCUGAUUUCGGCCAUAGCUCACGAGGUGAUACUGGCCCUGUCUUUCGGCUUUUUUUACCCAGUGCUGAUGGUUGAGUUCGGCUUGCUGGGACUACUGAUGAUACCACUGACAGCAGCCAGUGGCAGACGGUUCCCCAACUUUUUGAAUUUGUAUAUGUGGUUUGGUUUCUUCAUAGGCAAUGGUCUUCUCUGGAGUUUAUAUCCCAUGGAAUACUUCGCUCGCAAGAAUUGUCCGCCAUCAGAAAAUGACAGCUUCUUCAUUCCAAAAUCUUGGUCUUGUCCAAAAGUAAUCCUAAAACCGAACUGGACGUUCCAAAAUCCAUUGGAGAUACUGGAUUGACUUAGAUUUAUUAGUCU